AUGCCUCUCGGCGGCUGGUUCCGCUCCUCUUCUGGCGGCGGCGAUGGCGGCAGCACAGUCACCAGCAGCAACAACAGCAGCACCAGCAACAUUGCCGCCGCCGCCGCAGCAGCAGCAGAAGAUGCGCAGGCCGCGGCGGCGCGCGAGCGCGAGAACCUGCGCGACGCCCUCGCGUGGACGAGCCUCAUCAUGAACGACGACAUCGACGGCGCCUGGGCGGGGCUCAAGCGCGGCGACUCGUCCUUCCACGACCUGGGCGAGGCCGUCACCUUCUUCAUGCGCUCCGUCCUGGGCUUCGAGAAGGACGUCAUGGCCGAGGCGGCCGCCAAGCUGGCCGACUGCGAGACGCGCGCCGCGGCCGACCACCGCCGCGCCCUGCGCCACCACCAGGGCCAACAGCAGCAGCAACAGCAGAAGACUACGACCGCAUCGAGGGUGUACGCCCCGGGCACCGAGUACGACCUCGUCCGCGCCGAGACGCAGCUCAUGGGCGCCGUCGUGGGCGUCCUGCACGAGAGCCUCGUCGAGGCCAUGCGCAGCUUCUACAAGCUGCGCAAGGCGUACCUGAUUCUCGAGGGCAUCAUCGCCAUGGAGGCCAAGGCGGUGCGCGACGGGCUGACGGACGAGCUGGCGCUCGAGAGCGACGGGAGCAGUAGCGGCUCGGAGGAGGAGUUUGUCGACGCCAAGGAGAAGCCUUCGGGGCAGCAGACGCCCAUCACGGCGACGACGGCGACGACAGCAACGACAGCAACGGCACCAUCUCCCGCGACGAUACCCGAACCGCUCCCGACGUCGAAUGGGACGCUCGAGUCCAAGACGGAGGCCCUACAGCUCAAGGACGAGUCGUCAUCGCCAACGACGACACAGGAGCAGAAACCCAACGGCAACACACCCAGCGGCACCAACACCACCGCCACCACCACUUCCUCCUCUUCGUCCUCCUCCUUGUCCAAGCCGCAGCCCAGCAAGGGCGCCCUGCACGCCAAAACCAGCACCCACGACCCCAUCGACGUCUUCAUCCACUCGGGCGCCAACAUGUGCUUCGGCAUCAUCCUCCUCAUCCUGAGCCUCACCCCGCCGUCCUUCUCGCGCGUCCUCUCCAUCGUCGGCUUCCACGGCGACCGCGCGCGCGGCGUGCGCAUGCUCUGGCGCUCCGCCGCGCACCACAACGUCAACGGCGCCCUCGCCGGCAUGGUCCUGCUGGGCUACUACAACGGCCUGCUGGGCUCCGUCGACAUCAUCCCCGACGCGCGCGACCACGACGCCGCCGCCGAGGCCGUCGGCCCGCCCACCGCCCGCUGCGAGGCCCUCCUCGCCGACCUACGCGCACGCUACCCGGACUCGCAACUGUGGCGCGUCGAGGAGGCCCGCCUGCUCGCCAACGAGCGCCGUCUCGCAGACGCUAUUGCCCUGCUGCGUCGCGGGCCAGAGUCCAAGAUGAAGCAGGUCGCGGCCCUCAACAACUUUGAGCUCGCUGUCGAUGCCAUGAUUGCGCAGGACUGGCCCCUCAUGCGCGACACGUUCCUGCGCUGCCUCGAGGUCAACGACUGGAGCCCCGCCAUGUACUACUACAUGGCGGGCUGCGCGUCCAUUGAGCUGUACCGCGACGCCGUGCACGCCGCUGCCGGUCAAGGUGGUGACAGCGCCGGCGCCGAAGUCAACAAGGCCGAGGCGCGCCGGCAAAAGACCAAGGCCGAAGAGUUCCUGCGCAAGGCCCCGCAGGUGGGCGGCAAGAAGCGCCUCAUGGCGCGGCAGCUGCCCAUCGAGACCUUCAUCCAGCGCAAGCUGGCCAAGUGGGAGGCGCGGGCCAAGGCGCUGGGCGUGGACCUGGCCGACGCCGUGGGCGCGAGCCCGGCCAUGGAGAUGUGCUACAUGUGGAGCGGCCACAAGCGCAUGGGCCCCGACGAGAUGGCCCGCGGCCUGGCGAACCUCUCGUGGGCGCGGUGCACCGCCGCGGGAGGCGAGGACGGGGCGCUGCUGGCGCGCGUGCGUGCGGAAAAGGACGAGAUGGCCGUGUGGGCGGUGAGCUCGGCGGCGCUGCUGCGCUCGCAGGGCAAGCUGGACGAGGCGCGGGCGCUGCUCGAGGCGCACGUCGUUGCGCAUGACCGGUCCGCCUUCAAGGGCUCCAACAGGGACGACUACGUGCUCCCGUCGGCGACGCACGAGCUCGCCGUCAUAGCGUGGACGGAAUGCCGCGAGGGGCGGCCCCAGCGGCAGACAAACGGCGACGCGACAAAGGAAGCAAACGGCGACGACGCGACAAAGGAAGGGGACGCCAAGAGCCAGCAGGGAGAGGACUCGGACGACGCGUCGUGGCGGCGGCGCAAGCUCGACGAGUGCCAGGCGCAGCUGGACAAGGCCAAGGCGUGGGAGGCGUACACGCUGGACGCGCGGAUCGGGAUGCGCGUGCAGAGCGGGCUGGAGACGGUGGCGUGGUAUCGCGCCAAGAUGGGGUGGUGA